CUCUUCAGAAGCCUCGGAGAAUUCGAACUUUGUUAGAAGGACAUACGAUAUUCAAUAUGAUCGACAAUAUCCCAGCAGAGCUAUUGCUCAAUAUCUUGUCCUAUCUGGACAACCUGGAACCUAUCUCCGGCGCAAGCCACUCCCUUUCCCUUGCUACUCGAGACUUCAGAACCCAUGCAUUGCGUACCCGUCUGGCUAACAUCAGCCAUGUCGAGAUUCUCAUGCGCAUAUGGUCGCCCCCGACCUUCUUUAGGAGAAGGGGAGGAAGUCUGUACGGUUCUGGAGGUUAUGUCACUCGACCGCAAGAUCUUCAUGAUAUCCUCUGUGAUCCCGAUAUGUUCGGUCGAGUGGAGGCAUAUCUUGGAAGCUUGGAGAGGAGGGCUUACAUAGCGGCAAGAGUUGCGGAAUAUGUUAUGACGAUCGUUUCGUUCAAUUCGUUCCGAACGAGCGCAGAGAGGCGUUUCUACGCCAUGAGAAUAGUCCUCGAAUUGUGGUCUCCCCAAGCACGAUUCUCCCAUGAUGUUGAUGGGCGCUGGCUCAACCUUAGUGACGAUUCCGGUCUGCUAGAUGUGCAUGUCCAAGACGCAUACGUCUUGAAUCUACCGCGGGAUGUUCAAGCUGCGAUGGUCGCUGUUUAUGAUGCCCUUGCACAGAAUCUACGACCCCCCUUCUAUUCGACAAGCAGACGAAGGCAUGGGGGUGGAGUUUCGGAGGGGGAAGGAAUUUGGCUCUAUAGAUUGAUCGUCAAGGUAAGCUGUUCUCAAGGGAUUUGCGGGUGUUGAGCAUUGUGCAUGGGGCUAAUAUCGGCCAUGCUGUGCUUUAGGAGGGAAUGGAUGCCGUCCUUGGUAUGAUUGAGCAGCGGAGCGAUCGCUAGAAGGCAAAGCACUUCAAGGAGCGAUUAUUUGAACAAGCUGUAACGCUACCAGUUUACAGAUAUCCGAAGAACAGAUCGAUCAAAGACUGCUACUAAAUGGGCCGGGGUCCGGGGGGUUACAAUUUGAGAAUUUAGAUUUUUCUUUUUCCAUUUUCUUUUCGCCUUCUUCAUAUUCUGAUUUCUGAGCGAUACCAAUGACCCCUCAGCGGGCUAUCUCCUUAAUCACUGAGAAGUUGUUGCUACACCUUUUUUUGUUUGACACGCAUUUUAUUUUUAUUAUUUUUAAAUACUUGGUUCAAACGGGAGUU